CGCUUGCUGCAGCUUCACAAUGACAGAGAUGCCUCCCCCAAACCAGACCUUCAGCCCCUGGGCGGCCGAGCCCCCGGUCACCACCGACUUCUACUAUGAGGACGAGGAUGGGCUGUUCCCGGACGGGGGCAGCCCCCUGCCCGAGCUGUGCGAGAAGGGGCCCGUGCAGGACUUUGCCCGCACCUACCAGCCGGCCGCCUACCUGCUGCUGUCGCUGCUGGGCGUGGCGGGGAACGGGCUGGUGCUGCUCACCCACGCCCGCUACCGCCAGGCCCGCUCCGUGACCGACGUCUGCCUGCUGCACCUGGCCGUGGCCGACCUGCUGCUGCUGCUGACCUCGCUGCCCUUUGCCGUGACGGGCGCGCUGCAGGGCUGGCUGCUGGGCACCAGCACCUGCCAGACCCUGCAGGGCUUCUACGCCCUCAACUUCUACAGCGGCUUCCUCUUCCUGACCUGCAUCAGCGUGGACCGCUACAUGACCAUCGUCCGGGCGCAAGUUGCCUGCCGCCUGCGCCCCCGGGCCCGCUGCUACGGCUGGCUCGCCGCCGGGCUGGCCUGGCUGCUCUCCACCCUGUUGGCACUGCCCCAGUUCGUCUACAGCCAGGCCAAGCAGCACCAGGGCCGCGAGCUCUGCAGGGUGCUCUUCCCUGCCGGCAUUUCCAAGGCAGCCCGGGGAGCCACCAACCUGGCCCAGGUCAUCCUGGGCUUCGUGCUGCCCUUCCUGGUCAUGGCCUCCUGCUACACGGCCGUGGCCCGCACCCUGCUGGCUGCCCGCAGCUUCCAGCGGCACAAGGCCCUGCGCGUCAUCCUGGCCCUGGUGCUUGUCUUUGUGGUCCUCCAGCUGCCCUACAGCCUGGUGGUGCUGCUGGACACGGCCGACAUGCUAGGCAGCCGGGAGAUGAGCUGUGCCCAGAGCCGCCGCAAGGACCUGGCUCUGGUAGUGACCAAUGGCCUGGCCUUCGCCCGCUGCUGCCUGAACCCCGUGCUCUACGCCUUCGUGGGCGUGCGCUUCCGGAAGGAGCUGUGGCUCCUGGCCAGCGAUGCUGGCUGCGUGGGCCGGGCACGGGAUGGGCAGCGCCCCAGCUCCAGGCGCCGGGCAUCACUCUCCACCUGCCUGGAGAUGGUGUAG